AUGUCCACUCAGGUUGUAGAGGCGGUAAAGCAAGUAACUCGACCGACGCCAACCAUGGAGAACCCAUCGUGGGGUCCAUCACCGUAUCAGGGAAGGGGUGCAUGUUACAAUUGUGGCAUUCCGGGUCACUUUUCAAAGGAAUGUAGGUCACAGGUGCCGGGAACUGUAUAUAGAGGAGUACAGGUAUGCUAUAACUGUCGUAGGCCUGGUCACAUUUCAAGGGAAUGUAGAGCACAAGGCACGAGAAGACCCCGCCAUACCACCGCCCCUUAUAAUGCAAAAACAUAUAGCCAACCAAUACCAAGACAACCCGACCCAAAAAGAAAUGACGAACCUAAAGAACCAACAGCUCAAGGAAACUUAGUUAUGCAUCUUGAAGUGGGACAAUCGACCGACCAGAUUAAUGUAGACUUCAUCUCAAAAACCGUAGGUGAAUGUUUCUCGGUUGAAGUGAAAUUUGGAGAUAUACCAUUGACCUGCUUGUUAGACCCAGGGUCCCAGGUGACCACAAUUGGAGAGCAGUUUUUCUACAGUUUUCUGGAACCAUUUGGAUUUAAAUUACAAGAAAUCCCAAAACCAUUCUCUCUUGUAUCUGCUAGUGGCGCAACCAUACCCUACCGUGGAUGUUUUGAGACUGACGUCUGGGCAUUGGGAAAAUCCAUUAAAUCCAGGGUAGUUUUAGUGAUCAGAGAACAGUGUUCCAGCUUACAGAAUUGGCGUAGGACAAGUGUAGGCGGGAUCUUGGGAAUGAAUGUCCCCCAACAAUGCUGGGAAAGGCUCAUCAGUACUGAGAAGCGACAGCACUUACACAAGAUAGCAUGGCCGACACCAGAGCCUGCAUGGCAAAAAGCGUUGCAUGCAGUAAAUGAAAAAAUGUGUUUUUGCAAGGAUGAUGGGAAGAUAGGAAAUGCGUAUAUGGAGAAAGAGGAAAAUGUUGUGAUCUCAGCUCGCCAAGCUGUUGUAAUUGAGGGACGUGGUCGCUGUGGACCAGGGGGAGAACCGUUUGAGGCUAUGCCAGAACCAAAUAAAGAUGGGGGCGUCCCAACUGGAGUUGUUGUACCUCCAUGCCUAGUAAAAGUCGACGGAGGUCGAUUUCCAGUUGUCGUACACAAUGAAACAGACAACGAAGUAGUAAUUUCGAGUACUGCAUCUUUAGGAACUCUUUUCCAUGGUGCCACUGUCCAUGGAGAUUUGGAGGAGGUGGGGUUAGUAACUGGGCCUGCAGCUGAAGUGGCAAAUAUAUUGGCAGUCGAAAGUACGCUACCAAUACAAGUUGAUGUAGAUGCAUCUCUUCUAACUCCUAAGCAACAUGGUCAAUUGAAGUGCCUGCUUACACGAUAUAAGGAUGUCUUCUCUACCCAUGACCAGGAUUUUGGGUAUACCGACACCAUCACACACCGAAUUGACACUGGUACAGACAAACCGAUUAGACAGCGACACAGACCCCUACCACCGUCCCAAUACCAAGCUGUUAGAGACCACAUUCGAGACCUACUGGAGAAAGAUAUUGUAAGGGAAAGUAAGAGCCCUUGGUCGUCCACAGUUGUAGUCGUUCAAAAGAAGGAUUCUAGCAUUCGCUUAUGUGUAGAUUAUCGUCGACUUAAUAAAAUUACACAUAAGGAUUCAUUCCCCCUCCCUCGCAUUGAGGAAUCCCUCCAGGCACUAGAUGGGGCCCAGUAUUUUAGCGUAUUGGACUUGACGAGUAGCUAUUACCAAGUUGCAUCCGGAUGA